CCACUGCUAAAGAAAUAGUAUUUCAGAGUUUGAAAAUUGCAACCAGAAUUGCCUUAGACUUCCCUUUAGCUAGUUAAUCAUGGAGUGUCCUUUUCAUUUGCCACUGCUGUAUCUGACCACACAACAGUGCAGGUGACAGUGACAUCCUACUUCUUCCUUCAGCUGGCAUUUCUCAAGCCUUUCCAUUCUAAAAUGGGGACUCUUGUCUGCAACUGCUUAAAAAUGCGCCAAAAUAGCAAGAUGAUGUUCGGCGGGGAAAGAUCCAGGCAAGCCUGGAGUGGUCAUUCUAUUUCAGAAGGCACACAUGCUCCUGAAGUUUACCUGGCUCAGUCAGCACCUCCCACUAACCUGAAAGUGAGGUGGGGAGGCCGUGUGUGCAUCAUGAAGCACACACGCUCAGACCCUCAACACUAUCAGGAAUCUGAGAAUAGGGCUUGGGCAUCAGGCUACAUGCAGACAUGCUGCAGCUCAAAAGUAUUUAAGUAACAAGACUCUGAUAAAACGUCUUUACAUAGAUUUCUAUAAGAAAAGGAACUGCUGCGCUAAAUCAUUUCGGGGAAGCUUCACUAUUUCACUAUAUAAGUAUAUAUUAUAAAUAUUCCUAUUUCAAAAUGUAUCAGUAUCUGCAUUUUUUAAAACCAUAAACUGCAAUGAAUUUAACAAAUACUGAGUACCUACCAUGAGCACCACACCCCUCUGACUGAGGGGGCUGUGUCCCCAGCACUGGCAACCCUAGGAGCAUACAACAAAAUAUAUUCUGCCAAGCCCCUGAUCUGUCUCCUACUUACUACUACACCUUACUAUCAGGGGACAAGACAAAUCAUCUGCUAAGACACAGACUCUUUGUCAUAGUGGACAGUUAAAAAUAAAAAAUAGGGCCCCUUCACUUACCAUCUCAAACAUGAAACAGGCCACAGAAGACCUAUAUAGAAGCAAAGGACUUCAAACCCAGUAUGAUCAGAGCUAAAUGUGCAGGGGGUAAAGAUUUCCUUCCAAAUGGAGUCCAGGGACUGACAAAAUCAAGUGACUAGAAAUAUAUCUAGUUUUGCCAUGUGGUAGGCAUGAAGGAAGAAUACACAGAAGACAUUCUUAUGUGGGAAGUAGUGUACAAAGUUUGCACGUUUUUUUAAAUUUGGAAUGUGAAUUUCAUAUUCCUCAUUUUUAAAUUCUACUUUCUCAGUCUUCCUUAAUUUUACUGGCAUAGCCCUUUACUCGUGUACAAAGCACCAUGCUUGCCACCACAAACGAGAAACAAAAAGAUGAACAAGAUAGAAUCUCUGACCUCAAGGAACCCCCCUAUCCUCCACAGUCCUUCUUUCCCAUGAUCCCGGACUAGAUGCACGCUUCUUAAGAGCGGGGAUUCGUGUCUUGUAUUUCCAAAUUGCAUAUUCAUUUAUUUCACAAAUAUUUUAACUAUGUAAUGUCCUAAAUAUAAUGCUAGGAGUGCAGAGAUAAAAGACGACCGGUCUCUCUCCUCUGGAGGAACCUACAGUAGUGGAAGAAACAAAAAACAGCCAGGAAGAUGAGUGUUGUAAUAGGAGAGAGACGCCGCUCUAUGAGCACACACAUAUAGCACUUCCCACUCAGUCCACUCUGACCCAGAGGGCAGAGUGUCCUACAGGAAGUGACACCCCAGCUGAGCCUCAAGGAUGAAGAAAAGUUAGCCAGCCAAGAAGGCAGCCAAAGAGUUUUCCGCACAAACGAAACGUGUGCAAAGUUCCAAGGACAUGGUGGGCUGACGAUAUUCACGGACCUGCGUGCAUUACGCGGAGGCUUCCCGAGCUGAGUGGCCGCCGCCCGCUGCGCUGCAGGCACUGCCUCCGGAAGCCUCGCGAUGAACGCCACCACCACGGCGACCCCGGCGGAGCCCUGCUUCCAGAACACCCUCAUAACUCAGCGAAUCGUUCCCGUGCUGUACUUCCUGGUCUUCAUCGCCGGGAUCCUGCUCAACGGGGUGUCGGGAUGGAUAUUCUUUUACGUGCCCAGCUCCAAGAGUUUCAUCGUCUAUCUCAAGAGCAUUGUUGCUGCUGACUUCCUGAUGAGCCUGACUUUUCCUUUCAAGAUUCUGGGCGACUCGGGCCUGGGCCCCUGGCAGCUGAGGGUGUUCGUGUGCCGGGUCUCUGCCGUGCUCUUCUACGUCAACAUGUACGUCAGCAUCAUGUUCUUUGGGCUCAUCAGCUUUGACAGGUACUAUAAAAUCGUGAGGCCUCUUCUGACUUCCUUCAUUCAGUCAGUGACGUACAGCAAACUCCUUUCGAUGGUGGUGUGGGUGUUCAUGCUCCUCCUCGCUCUGCCCAAUAUCAUCCUGACCAACCAGAGUGCUGGGAAGGGGAUGCGGAUACAAUGUAUGGAUCUUAAAAACGAACUGGGACGGAAGUGGCACAAAGUAUCAAACUACAUCUUCGUGGGUAUCUUCUGGGUUGUGUUUCUUUUGUUAAUAAUGUUCUACACUGCUAUCACAAAGAAAAUCUUCAAGUCCCAUCUUAGGUCCAGAAAGAAUUCCAUUUCAGUCAAGAAGAAAUCUAGCCGCAAUAUAUUUAGCAUCAUGUUCGUCUUCAUUGUCUGUUUUGUACCUUACCACGUCACCAGAAUCCCCUACACGCAUAGCCAGUUGGGACCUCACUACAACUGCCAGUCAAAAGAAACCUUGUUUUAUGCAAAAGAAUUCACUCUGCUACUCUCAGCUGCCAACGUAUGCCUGGACCCUAUUAUUUAUUUCUUUCUAUGCCAGCCAUUCAGAGAAAUCUUAUGUAAGAAAUUGCACGUUCCAUUAAAAGCCCAGCAUGAUUCAGAAAGUUCCAAAGUCAAAAGGGGAAAUGCAAUGCAAGAAAGCACAGAUACUUUCUGAAUUCCUACUUCUUUCAAAUAAAGUCUGUGUAUACAUAUUAUAAUCUUCAAGUACAUAAUAAUAAAUAAAAAACAGGUCCAUAAUAAUAAGUAUCAUCGCUAGGCAUUACUAAUUUAGUACAAUAAUAAAACUGAAAUAUGUUCCCAUGUUGUUUUUCAACAUCUAAGAAAAAAUAAGACAUACAUUGUUCAAUUUUAUUCCACCAAAACAGAAGGUUUACAUUUAUAAUCAUGAGUCUGGUCAGUUAAUGUAGAACUUUAAAUAGCAAAUAAAAUAGGAAGCUAUCAAGACAAUUAACAGGGGUGUCUUCCUUCUCUAAACACAAGAAGUAAGUUACAUGAUUUUUUUUCUCAACAGGGUCAUUAAAGACCAACUUAAAAGCAGACAGUUUGAUAAAGAAACAGGUUUGUUUGUAGUAGAACAGUCACUUUUUCUCAGAUUUGAAAAAAUAGGAUAAGCAGACACACACACACACACACAAAUCACUCAAGAAAUCUGCUGAUUAAUCUCAUGUCAUUUCAAAGAAAAGCAGAUAUGAAUUUUGCAAUAAAAAUCGUAUUUUCUUCUGACACCAUUUUAAGGCUAAUACAAGAUAUAUUUCAGAAUGUGUUAUAUGAAGAUUUGUUAAGCCACUUAAUGAGCCUGAGGUUCUAGUGUCGAUAUUUUUAAGUGGCCCCUACUGAAGGGAGCUAGAUACUGGCAUGUGUUGCCAACAACUUCUCCCUGUCCAAUGGGAACCAAACAAUAGGGUGACUGGGAAAAAGACACACACAUACACACAUUCCUCCAUGCUGGCAAUACACAUUAGUCUCCAGAGGUGGGGAAAGCAGUUUAGAAAACAACAGGAUUGAUAAGAAAAUCUAAAAUUUACAAGAAAUUACACAUAAAAUGAAAAUGUACAUAUCACAUUUUCUGAAAAAAUAGAAUAUUCACAGAUAUGGGACAUGGUUGCUGGCUCAAGAUUCAUCAAAACUAAAUUUUUUCUCAGUGAUUAACUGGCUACAAGACAUUCAGGCCAUCUUUCAAAUGUUCUUAAACAGGUUUGUAAGUUUAUAUAUAUGUCAUGCUUUCUUAUAUAUGUAUGAAUAAAGGAAUUAUUUUUUAAUGUUUUUUUCUUAAUAAUCAAGAUAUGAAAAAACAUUACCAGAUUUCCUCAUAGUGAAGACAUGAGUGGUUUCUUUAAUAUGAUCAGUUACUCAUGCUAAUGGAAGGAAGACAGUUAUAUGGAGAAUUCAGAAAUUCUAUUUGCCACAGAGUUUUCAAAAUUUUUCAUAUGCUCUAGGACCUCAUCAGAUUUUAGGUAGAAAAUUCAGAAAAGCACCUUAAAUUAAGAAAGAGCUGGGGAGGUUUUCACACUCUGUCUACUUUCUACCCUUGUAAAAGCUCCCUAUCCCAACUCUCAGGAAGAGCAAAACCAGCAACCUGUGAUAAACAUGCUGGGCAAAACUAAGCUUUCUUUAUGUGUUUGGCUAAAUAAAUCUGCAAAAUAAACUGGCUGUGUUUAUUCUUCACAAUUUCCAUUGGCCAGGACAAGUUACUGAACACUGGUGUCUUCCAUGACCCCUUCUGGGCCAUGGGAGACAAUGUAAGUAAAAAAGAUAAGCAGCACACAGCUUCUGUGUCUUUUGUUAAUUGUAACUGUUGUGCUAAAGCAUAUCAGAAAUGAGAGAGGUAAAAUCUUUCAGGAAACAGUAUGCAAUGCAGGUAGGGUACUAAGCAAGAGUUGGGUAACAAGUUAUUGCACAUGAGAAUUUUAAGGUCCAGGGCUACAACAAAAAAUAAAGCUGUUGAGCAAUGGAACAAUGGAUUAAUAACCCAGAAAUACUUCUGAGAUCAUCAGUGACUUUUUUUCAAUUAUUUUCCAGAAUAAUUUGUUUCUUUUCUGUAGCUAGUUUUAAAUAAAGCUUGUAAAUAAGUAUUUGCUACAAGUUAAGUAAUACAACAUUUAAUCAUUUUGUACAAGCAAUGCUAUGAAAUGUUUAGAAUAUUUUUUAAAGUGGCAUAUGGGAAAGGAAAGCUAUGUUUUUUUACAGUGGUUCUUUAUGGGGGAUGUCCUGUCAUGAAAUGGUAAUGCACAUGUCAAUGGUAUGGUGCAGAGAACAGGUGAGCAAAAGGUCACAGUGACUUUACUGUUGAAGACCACGGCAGCACUGGUUCCUCCACAGUCCUUUUUGCCCAAAAGGAAACUCCAAGUCUUUUUCGGGGGAAGAUAUGUUUUCAUUUGUAUGACAUUAUCUUUUGAUAUUACAGAUAUUUUCUGUAUUAAUAAAGAUACUCUUUUUUCUCUUUUUCUUCAGAGUUAAAAGAUACAGGUUGCAGCAGUAGGGUUUUAAAGACAGAGAACACUAAUAGCAUAUACAUUUCUAACAUCAUAAAGUAGAAGCAAAACAGUGCAAGGGUGUUUUCUAGAUUUUAUGAAUUAAUCUUUUAGGUGAAGCUAAUGUAUCAAGAUCUUCUCAUUUGUAAAAAAAAUACAACUGAAACUGGUCUUAUGCAAUGAACAAGAUUUAUUGGCUAACAAACCUGAAUGUCCAAAGUUGUGGGUAUGGCUUUAGUUACAGACUAAUGCAGGGCCUCAGCUGAUGUAACCAGGGCUAGAUUUGUACCAUGUCUCCAGCCACCUUCCAUGGUGUUAGUUUCAACUCACAGGAAGCUGUAGGCUCUUCUACUGUGGUAGUGAAAUGAAAUGCACUUGUAGACUUUACAUCUCCACAGCCUGUCCACCAGAGAAUUUCUCCAGAUAUCUAGAGCUUGCUCUCACUGGGUCAUUCUGGGUCAUGUUCCACCCCAAUGUGUGGCCAGGGAAUAAGAAACAUGUUGACUGUCAUUUAUGGCCUCACCCUGAUUUUGGGGACAGAGUGAGCUCCAUUAUAGUAUGUGGUCAAGAGUGGGGGAAAAGAAUUUCCCAAGAGAAGUUUUGCUUUUACUAUUGGGAAAUAGGGAGGUUGUGGAGAUAACCUAUAAAUAAGCAACAAUGAUGAUAACAUUUUAUAAAAAAGCCUUGAAAAAUUCAAACAUCUCAGUGGGCAGGUUUCAUGUGUAAUUUUUUUAAUGAUUAUGAUCUCUGUGUUUCUUGAUUCCUUUUAUCUCAAAUGUUUCCUUUAUAAAAACACCUUAGAGUAUUUUUGUAUAAGUAGUUGAAUCAUUAUGCAUCAAAACGGAACCAUGAUUCAAUUAAAAUGAGGACUCCUAUUAAUGGAGUUAUUAGUCAUCAUCAAGAGCCCCUCUUGAAUACCUUUCUACUAGACUUCUGCACUCCACAUGUUACAGAGCAGCUGUUGACGUAUCAUAUUCUCUCCACAGAUGUGUUUUCUUUUUAUUGCUGCCCCAGCAAUUAAAACUUUUGUGACUUUACAUCUCUUGGCAACACGGGGAAACAACUGGCUGGAGUUAAAGGCCUACUGGCCUCUUGAUGAGGCAUAAGUUCUUAGCUCAUUAUCAUCCUCAGUUUUCCCUAUUUUCUUACAACCAUGUUUACAUUGCCUUCUUUGCCACCACAUACGCCUGAUUUUA